GGGGCGCGCGGGACGUGUUGCCGCGUAGUCGCAGACUGAAUGGGCGGCGGCAGAGCAUGUGUGCUUCCCUGAGGUUGCUACUCUGCUGGGACCCGAAGGUCGAAUGUCUCUCCGCAGCCGGACCGUGAAGCCGGCGGCUGCGAGAACGCGGCGGCCGAGGGGGAGGGAGAGGGCAGCCGGGGACAGGCCGGGCGCCCCUUUCCGAGGCUGACGGCCCCUGGCUACGCGAGAGUCAUGGCAUCGCUGGCGGAUCGAGUACGGGGCAACGGGCGCAUCGCGGCCGGGCUCCUACUCAAUCUACUGGUGUCCAUCUGCAUCGUGUUCCUUAACAAAUGGAUCUAUGUCCACUACGGCUUCCCCAACAUGAGCCUGACCCUGGUUCACUUCGUGGUCACUUGGCUGGGCUUGUACGUCUGCCAGAAGCUGGACAUCUUUGCCCCCAAAAGUCUGCCGCCUUCCAAGCUCCUCCUCCUGGCUCUCAGCUUCUGUGGCUUCGUGGUCUUCACCAACUUAUCUUUGCAGAAUAACACCAUAGGCACCUAUCAGCUGGCCAAGGCCAUGACCACGCCGGUAAUCAUAGUCAUCCAGACCCUCUGCUACAAGAAAACCUUCUCCACCAAAAUACGGCUCACGCUGAUUCCUAUAACUUUAGGUGUAAUCCUAAAUUCUUAUUAUGAUGUGAAGUUUAAUUUCCUUGGAACGGUGUUUGCUGCUCUUGGUGUUUUAGUUACAUCCCUUUAUCAAGUGUGGGUAGGAGCCAAACAGCAUGAAUUGCAAGUAAACUCGAUGCAGCUGCUGUACUACCAGGCCCCGAUGUCGUCUGCCAUGUUGCUGAUCGCUGUGCCCUUCUUUGAGCCAGUGUUCGCAGAAGGAGGAGUAUUUGGUCCCUGGUCAGUCUCUGCUUUGCUGAUGGUCCUGCUCUCUGGAGUAAUAGCUUUCAUGGUGAACUUGUCGAUUUAUUGGAUCAUUGGGAACACUUCACCAGUCACCUAUAACAUGUUUGGACACUUCAAGUUCUGCAUUACUUUAUUUGGAGGAUAUGUUUUAUUCAAGGAUCCACUGUCAAUUAAUCAGGGUCUUGGCAUGUUAUGUACAUUAUUUGGCAUUCUUGCCUACACCCGUUUUAAACUCAGUGAACAAGAAGGAAGUAAGAGUAAAUUGGUGCAACGUCCUUAAUUAGGUUUUUGUAGAGAAAAAGUUGCCUGAACAUAACAAAAAAAGUAUUAGGUGGGCAAGUUACUUUCAAAGAAGAAAUGAAAAUUAUGUUGCAAAAUUCAUUAAAUGAUCAUUUACAAAAAGUCAUGCAAAAGAAAUUUUAUUCGUAAAUAUGACUUAGUUGGGGAUUUUCUGGUGGUCCAGUGGUUUGAGACACCAUACUUUCGCUGCCAAGGGUCCAGGCUCAAUCCCUGGUCAGGGAGUUAAGAUCCUGCAAGCUGUGUGGCGUGACCAAAAAAUAAUAGUAAUAAAAUUAAUUAAAAAGUAAAAUAAAUAGAACUUUCUCUUUUAGAGUACCUUGUAAGAAAAACUUUAUCCUCUAAAGCAUGGCUCAUGCUUCUUUUCAAAGGUUAUUCUAUGAAGUAUAUAAGAUGGUUUGGUUAUAUCAAAUGAAGUACAUGAAAUUAAAGUUUUAUAAUGCUGACAAAGAAAUUCAGAUCACUGUACCACAAAUGUGUAAUGGCUUUUAAGAAAGGACACAUAGGAUUCCUCGACUUGCUCAUAGGUGGUCCCCAAUAUGAGUUCUAUUAUAAUUGAAGCCAGAGUAUUCAAGUCAGAAUUUAAGGCUAGCAUUUCUAUUUUAGUUGUUUUAGUAUAACUUCUUGCUUUUUUCAUUUACAGAAAUGACAUAUGAUUAUUGGAAAGCAAAGUGCAGUAAAGGAGAUCAUAAGGCAAAAACCAGUUCUAAAAGUAUUCUUCUUCUAGUAGAAAGUGGAUAUAAGAAGUUAAUGUUAUCAGAAAACCUACAGUUUCUAUGGGUGUUCUCUUGCUGAGCUCUCAGUGAGCUCUUGAAACUAUACAUGAAGUUCAAAAAUAAAAGAGCUCCAUGUUUAAACGACUCAAAGAAAAGACUGCGGGAGAAAUUGAGCAGGUUUCUUCUUAUCCUGGUGACUGUUCUCCUGGCUUCUUUGAGCAAUUCAUGUUAAUGAUUGCUUAAGACUACCUCCCAGCCAUCACUCCCCCACACCCACAUGUGAGGUAUCUUUGACACUGAAGGGUUUGGAGUGAAUUGUGUCAGCCUUUCUAAGUGGGCUAAGGAAAAUUCUUGAGCAGCAAGUCAAGGUAGAUGUUAUCAGAGAUUAAGCAGAAACUUGGUGAAGAUAUGAGGAAAGAUUUGAAAGAGAAGUAGAGAAAUAGUCAAUAUUUAAUAAGUUCCAUGAAUUUUUUAAAGGGAUAAUUAAAUAAAUUCUAGGGGAAAUACAUGAUUUUACUUAAGAAUAUAAUAGUGUCACAUAUUGAACUGCCAAAUCUAUUACUGGCUUCCCACUCUUGACAUUUGAGAAUUCAAAGCAGUUGUUGAUAACCUCUCACAAUAAAUUGAUUGAGCCGGAUAAUCCCUCUUAUAAUAUUUCUUUUUCUAAAUGUUAUUUAGAAACUUCAAGUGAGAAAAACAGCUCUUUGGAGGAUGAAAGGUCACAUGUAUAAAAUACACCUUUUAGGACCAUUUUUUUUUACUGGCCUAUUUGAAAUGCAAAGCCUCACUGAAAAUCGAUUUUGACAGAAUUUCAAUGUAUCAGUCAUUCUGUUGUGUGAUUUUUAUGUGUGGUGUUCUGUUAUUGUUUUAAAUAAUUUUGGUUCUUCUCAGUUUCCAAAGAUACAUUUUAUUGUGCUAAGAAAUACAAAGCAAUUUGUCUUGCUAGAUGAGCUUCAGGAGUUAACGUUUGUCUAAGGAAUGUUCUCUGUGUUUUAAAUGAACAUAUAAUUGUUUACCAAAAGCUGGAGAAAAGUACUUGAGUAUUUCAGAGGAUCAUUUGACUUCUGUGCACUAACAUCUGAGUCGAUUUGUGCCAUUUACAGAUUCUUCUUAACUGUAAAUGCAACUUGGGGGGUUAUAAUAAAUGUUGGGGGAGAGUUGUACUAAAUGACUGAUGUCAAUAGGGAUUCAAGGAAGGCUGGAGCAAGAUAGUGUGCGGUGGGGUGGUUAUGGAUCUAUAAGUGAAUAAAAUAUAUACUACUGGAACUAGAGUCUGAUAAACAUUUUUUGCCCUGAAGACUGUCUUCCUUUGAAAAGGAAAUUCCUGGGAGGAAAAUGGACCAGAUGAUGAGGACCAACCGCGGAGACAAACCAGUAAUUCUCUGCUAUGGAAGAAAACAUGCUGGUUGUCCUUUUGUUAAGGAUGUAAUUACACUUGUUUUUUAUUGUAUAUUAGAUGACCAUACUGCAGUUUUUACCUGUUAUAAAUAAAGAGAACUCGAUGUUUUUACUUUCAA